GUCCUUGGCCCGCGGAGUUUUUGGUCAAACAGUCAAAACCAAUUUAGCGUCGACGGGAAGCUUCAUUUCUUCAUAACUUCCCCAGGAAGCCAACUUCCAACGGACGCUUAAAAGUUGAAACGAAACCCAGGCGGUUACUCUAAUGCUCUAGCUCUUCACUCAUUUCCUUUUCCCGCUCCCACAGCAACGAAUUCCACAAUCCCAUCCGGAUUCCCUGAACACAGCGCUUGGAUUUGUUCGUUCAGCUGUUUCCUGUUUGUGGAGAGGUACUUUACCUUUUCGUCUGCUUGCGAUCUGGAAGUCAGUAAUACUAACUACACUGAAAUGGAUUCAUCGCUUAUUUUGAUUGAUGGAAUGAUGGAUCGGAUGUUUUAUUGUGAUAACGGAUCCUUUGAGUUUAUUUGUGUCUCUGUUUUGUAACUGUUUGCUUGGAUUUUUUUUGUUGAAUUUAAGUUCCGUAAUUUUCAUUUCACCCCUGUUUGGUUCCGUGAAAAUCAUAAUGUGAUGUUUGUUGCUUGAUAAUCUGACCAUACUACAUUUGCAAAGUAGUUAUUGCAUUUCGAUCAUGGGUUUGAAAUUCGACCACAUGACCACUUGGUCAAACCAGCUUUGAUAUCAUGUCAUAAACCAGUUGCUCCGAAUAAUUCGAAUUGUUGAGAAAAGGUUAUGCUGAAUCUUAUACCACUCUCUAACACCAACUACAUGUCCUUGCGCAGCAGAAAGCCCGAGUCUUGACAUAGCACAGUCUCAUUUUCAGAAGAAACUUGUUUCCGUAGCUAAGACUAGGAAAAGGAUAGCUUUCAGUUCUGUUGUAGUUGCAAUGGAGAACAGUUCAAGAGAAUUGUUCUCCUUCAGAGUUCCCCUUCAGAGUAUGUUCUUCCUUCAACUGAAUCUCGACCAAGCCACAUCGAAAGCCAUGUGCUUGGUUUUCUAGAUAUGAACAUACCAGUACCUACAACACCACAUUUGACUGCGUUAGCCGAAGAACUCAGUAAGAAGAAUGGUGGAGAAGGUGAACAGGUAAAUGAACAAAUUCCAAGUGUGGCUGGUUUUGCCCCAAGAAGCCAUCCCCAGGGAAGCUCUGUUGUUCUUAGCCCGGAAACCAUAUUGAGGAAUUCAGCAAAGACAUUCAGAAACCUGCCUUCCAUCAUAAGGAAGAGAAGCUCGAUGACAAGGGAUGAGAGUACUUCUGCUGCAAUGGCCACAAGUAGUGGUUCAGGUGUCACCAGCUGCAGCAACAGCAGCUUGAUGUAAGGGCAGCAAGGAAUCUUUUCCUUGUUUCACAAGUCAUAUCCUGUAUUUGCCACUGAAUCCCUUAGAAGGAACCUGGACAGUGCAUUCGGUCAAUAAUAAUGUCUAAUCUUGCUAGUUCUUGGCCAAGUUGAUCAUUGUUGUGUGGCUGUUGAUUGUUGAUUUUGUCGUCAGGAAAUUUGUUUGUAAGCUUUUUGUCUGUGGUGGAGGGAUGUGUGUACACUAACACUACAGAAGUGAUGUUGUCAGAAUCGAACCGUCAUAUGAACCGGUAUUAUAAGCGGCUCGCAUUUUAUUGGUUUAACCGCUAUCAAGUCGUUAUAAACCCGUUAUCGAACCGGUGUCUAAGAAAUAGAAUUAUUAUAA